GCCUCCAGGAGCUAAGAGCGCAGAGGGGCCACCAUGGUUGUCCCAGGACCCCUGGCUGUCUCGCUGUUGCUGCCCAGCCUCACCCUGCUGGUGUCCCACCUCUGCAGCUCCCAGGACAUCUCCAGUGAGCUCAGCAGUGAACAGCAGCUGUGUGCCCGGAAGGAGCACCCAAUUGUGGCCUUUGAAGAUCUGAAGCCGUGGGUCUCCAACUUCACCUAUCCUGGAGUCCAGGAUUUCUCCCAGCUUGCUCUUGAUCCCUCCAGGAACCAGCUCAUCGUGGGAGCUAGGAACUACCUCUUCAGACUCAGCCUUGCCAAUGUUUCUCUCCUUCAGGCUACGGAGUGGGCCUCCAGUGAAGACACACGCCGCUCCUGCCAGAGCAAAGGGAAGACUGAGGAGGAGUGUCAGAACUAUGUGAGAGUCCUGAUCGUUUCCGGCCAGAAGGUGUUCAUGUGCGGCACCAAUGCCUUUUCCCCAGUGUGCUCCAGCAGACAGGUGGAGAACCUCAGCCGGACUAUUGAGAAGAUCAAUGGUGUGGCCCGCUGCCCCUAUGACCCACGGCACAACUCCACAGCCGUCAUCUCCUCCCAGGGGGAGCUCUAUGCUGCCACUGUCAUCGACUUCUCAGGUCGGGACCCAGCCAUCUACCGCAGCCUGGGCAGCGGGCCACCUCUUCGUACUGCCCAGUAUAACUCCAAAUGGCUCAAUGAGCCAAAUUUUGUGGCAUCCUUUGACAUUGGGCUGUUUGCAUAUUUCUUCCUUCGGGAGAAUGCAGUGGAACACGAUUGUGGGCGCACUGUGUACUCUCGGGUGGCUCGAGUGUGCAAGAAUGAUGUGGGGGGCCGUUUCCUGCUGGAGGAUACAUGGACCACAUUCAUGAAGGCGAGGCUCAAUUGUUCCCGCCCAGGAGAGGUCCCCUUCUACUACAACGAGCUGCAGAGUGCCUUCCACCUGCCGGAGCAGGACCUCAUCUACGGCGUCUUCACCACCAACGUAAACAGCAUCGCCGCUUCUGCCGUCUGCGCCUUCAACCUCAGUGCCAUCUCCCGGGCUUUCAAUGGCCCAUUUCGUUACCAGGAGAACCCCAGGGCUGCCUGGCUCCCUAUUGCCAACCCCAUCCCCAAUUUCCAGUGCGGCACCCUGCCUGAGACUGGCCCCAACGAGAACCUCACCGAGCGCAGCCUACAAGAUGCACAGCGGCUCUUCCUGAUGAGCGAAGCUGUGCAGCCAGUGACACCAGAGCCCUGUGUCACCCAGGACAGCGUCCGCUUCUCACAUCUCGUUGUGGACCUUGUGCAAGCUAAGGACACGCUCUACCAUGUCCUCUACAUAGGCACGGAGUCAGGCACCAUCCUGAAAGCGCUGUCCACUGCCAGCCGCAACCUGCGGGGAUGCUACUUGGAGGAGCUGCAUGUGCUGCCCCCUGGGCGCCUUGAACCUCUUCGGAGCCUGCGCAUCCUGCACAGUGCUCGUGCACUCUUCGUGGGAUUGAGCGAUCAGGUGUUAAGGGUCCCACUGGAGAGGUGCUUGGCCUACCGUAGUGAGGGGGCAUGCCUGGGAGCACGGGACCCAUACUGCGGCUGGGACGGGAAGCGGCAGCAUUGCAGCACACUUGAGGACAGCUCCAACAUGAGCCUGUGGACCCAGAACAUCACAGCCUGUCCUGUACGGAAUGUGACACGGGAUGGGGGCUUUGGCCCAUGGUCACCAUGGAAACCGUGUGAGCACGUAGAUGGAGACAACUCGGGUUCUUGCCUGUGCCGGGCCAGAUCCUGUGACUCCCCAAAGCCCCGCUGUGGGGGCCUGGAAUGCCUGGGGCCAGCCAUCCAUAUCGCCAAUUGCUCCAGGAAUGGGGCGUGGACCACAUGGUCAUCGUGGGCACAGUGCAGCACGUCCUGUGGGAUUGGCUUCCAGGUCCGUCAGCGAAGUUGCAGCAACCCUGCGCCCCGCCACGGGGGCCGCAUCUGCGUGGGCAAGAGCCGGGACGAGCGGUUCUGUAAUGAAAACACACCUUGCCCGGUGCCCAUCUUCUGGGCUUCCUGGGGCUCCUGGAGCAAGUGCAGCAUCAACUGUGGAGGCGGUGUGCAGUCGCGCCGUCGGGUCUGCGAGAAUGGCAACUCCUGCCCGGGCUGCGGCGUGGUGAGAGCACGUGGCGUGGGACCGGGGGCGCGGUGUGCAGGGAAGCCUGCAGGCUCUGAAACCACCCUCCCCCCCCCCCCAAAGGAGUUCAAGACAUGCAACCCCGAGGCUUGCCCGGAAGUGCGUCGCAACACACCCUGGACGCCCUGGCUGCCGGUGAACGUAACCCAGGGUGGCGCGCGCCAGGAGCAGCGCUUCCGCUUCACAUGCCGCGCCCCGCUGCCCGACCCACAUGGCCUGCAGUUCGGCAAGAGGAGGAUGGAGACCAGGACCUGCCCCGCCGACGGCACCGGAGCCUGCGACACCGACGCCCUGGUAGAGGAUCUCCUGCGCAGUGGGAGCAUGUCCCCGCACUCUCUGAGCGGUGGCUGGGCCGCCUGGGGCUCGUGGUCAUCUUGCUCCCGGGACUGCGAGCUGGGAUUCCGCGUCCGCAAGAGAACGUGUACCAACCCGGAGCCCCGCAACGGGGGCCUGCCCUGCGUGGGAGAUGCCGCGGAGUACCAAGACUGCAACCCGCAGGCUUGCCCAGUGCGGGGUGCCUGGUCCUGCUGGACCGCGUGGUCCCAGUGCUCAGUAUCCUGCGGUGGUGGCCACUAUCAACGCACCCGUUCCUGCACCAGCCCUGCACCGUCCCCAGGUGAGGACAUCUGCCUCGGGCUGCACACAGAGGAGGCACUAUGUGCUACGCAGGCCUGCCCAGAAGGCUGGUCACUGUGGUCUGAGUGGGGUGUCUGCACUGAGGAUGGGGCCCAGAGCAGGAGCCGGAGCUGUGAGGAGCUUGUCCCAGGGCCAGGUGCCUGUGCUGGCAACAGCAGCCAGAGCCGGCCCUGUCCCUACAGUGAGAUUCCUGUCAUCCUGUCUGCGUCCAGUGUGGAGGACACCACCAGCUGUGGAGGGUUCAGUGUUAUCCACCUGGUAGCCACUGGCGUGUCCUGCUUCCUGGGCUCUGGGCUCUUGACCUUGGCAGUGUACCUGUCCUGCCAACACUGCCAGCGCCAAUCUCAGGAGUCCACGCUUGUCCAUCCUGCCACCCCUAACCACUUGCACUACAAGAGUGGGGGCACCCCCAAGAAUGAGAAGUACACCCCCAUGGAAUUCAAGACACUGAACAAGAAUAACUUGAUCCCCGAUGACAGAGCCAAUUUCUACCCACUGCAGCAGACCAAUGUGUACACAACCACCUACUACCCCAGCCCACUGAACAAGCCCAGCUUCCGGCCCGAAGCCUCACCUGGACAGCGCUGUUUCCCCAACAGCUGAUCCCCCCCUCCUGGGCUUGGGCUCCUUGCCUUCCCAAGGCGCAGAACAGUGGGAUGGGACAGUAGAGCCAUUUUGGUGUUCCCUCUGUACUGGGCUGAGAACUUGCUUGCCUGGCCUGUGGGGGUGGCAUCUGGCUUCAGAAAGCUCUACCUGUCAUUGACCAUGGGAGAGAGGGCUGGCUUCAGGCUGGCACGUGGCUGCGGAUCCAGUUCAGCCCAGGUUUCAUGGUCUCCUGUGACCCACCAUCACUUUCCCCUGCCAUGUCUGAGCUGUGGACCUACUGGGCGCGUGAGGGAAUUGGAGAAUAGAGACGACAGGGGAGU